AUGACAUUGGAGUUUUUGUCCAGGUUAACAUUCAACAAUGUAUUCCAGGCUGUAAGAGGCCUCAAUAACACUAUUCUCGACGACAGACAUGUCCAGAAGACAGAUUUACAAGGAAAAUGGGUUAUCAUCUCCGGCUCAAACAACGGGGUUGGGCUAGAGGUGGCCAAGUCCUUCGCAUCAUGGGGAGCAAACCUGAUCCUAGCCUGCCGCGAUCCCCCUGAGGAACUCGGCGAACUUCAUCCCAACGCAGCCGUGGAAGAAUGCAAGCGUCUUGCCGAGGCAGAGCACCAUAUCUCAACGAUUGAAUGGUGGGAGAUAGAUAUGGCAGAUCUCAAAACUGUCGAGGCCUUUUGCGAAAGAUGGUUGAAAAGUGAUCGUGCUCUAGAUAUCCUGUGUAACAAUGCCGGAUUACAAUCUGCUCCUACAACUCGAAUGACGAAAGAUGGCUUCCAGAUCGUUCAUCAGGUCAACUUCCUAUCUCAUGUGCUACUUACAAUCCGACUCUUGCCCUCUCUGGGGAAAAGCACAGAUCCCCGAAUCGUGUGUACCACAUCAUGUGUCCAUCAUUUCGGUGUGUUUGAUCUAGAUCAUUUCAAUGGUGGUCUAGAAAUGAAAGGGAAUGAUUACCACAACAACAAGCUUUAUUUUCAGAUGUGGCUUACAGAGCUGCAGAUUCGGUGUCUUAAGCACCCGGAGUACGCUCAUAUCAGGAUCAAUGGAGUGCAUCCUGGCUUUGUCGCUUCGGGGAUCUGGCACGACGACUUGAAGAGGAGUGGCAUUUCGAUACGAGCUCUUGCUUUUCUCUUGCGUUAUGUUGCUAUUACGCCGCAACAGGGUAGUUUGGCGAUUAUUAAUGCGGUAACUAACCUGGAGUGUGGGCGGGAUAUUAGUGGUGGGAAAUAUUUCAAUCGUGUUUGGGAAGCACCGGCGCAUUCUUAUUGUCGGGACGAAGAUGCACGGUGUAAGUUGUGGGUUAAGUUGGAUCAGGUCCUAAAUCUUCGGGAAAGGGGCCUUUUUGAUGUUCUUGGUCUUUGA